AUGAACUGGGCGUCCCUGCAGGGCCUCCUGAGCGGGGUCAACAAGUACUCCACGGCGCUAGGCCGCAUCUGGCUGUCGGUGGUGUUCAUCUUCCGUGUGCUGGUGUACGUGGUGGCCGCGGAGGAGGUGUGGGACGACGAGCAAAAGGACUUCGUCUGCAACACCAAGCAGCCAGGCUGCCCCAACGUCUGCUACGACGAGUUCUUCCCCGUGUCCCACGUGCGCCUCUGGGCCCUGCAGCUCAUCCUGGUCACCUGCCCCUCGCUGCUCGUGGUCAUGCACGUCGCCUACCGCCAGGAGCGGGAGCGGAAACACCGCCUGAAGCACGGCCCCAACGCCCCGUCCCUGUAUGACAACCCCAGCAAGAAGCGGGGCGGGCUCUGGUGGACGUACUUGCUGAGUCUUGUUUUCAAGGCUGCCGUCGACUCUGCCUUCCUCUACAUCUUCCACCGCCUCUACCAGGACUACGACAUGCCCCGGGUGGUGGCCUGCUCCGAGUCCCCUUGCCCCCACACUGUGGACUGCUACAUCUCCCGACCCACGGAGAAGAAGGUCUUCACCUACUUCAUGGUGGCCACAGCUGUGAUCUGCAUCCUGCUCAACCUCAGUGAGGUCGUCUACCUGGUGGGCAAGAGGUGCCUGGAGACCUUCAACCCGAAGCGCCAGCGGUCUCCGCGCCGGGAUCACCUGCCCGAUACGUGCCCCCCAUAUGUCCUCUCCCAGAGAGAGCACCCCCAAGAUGGGAACUCUGUCCUAAUGAAGGCCGGGUCGGCCACGUUGGAUGCAGGUGGGUUUCCAUAA